GUCCAGGAUGGCUUCUCUGUCUAAUGUAAAUUAAAAGGGAAGAUUAGAUUAGAAAUUCACAUGCUCCCUAAUUUUAAAAAUUCUGAUUCUAAAUCUUAAAUGCCAGUUUUAAAAAAAGUAAUUAUUAAUUACUAAUGGCCUGAGGAAAAUAAUGUUAGUGGAUUUCUAACAAGGGAAAAACCCAAAACCAGACCUAAUACUGUACUUCAGUGUUGAACAUCUUACUGAUUAUCUUCCUUUUCCUUUCUCUUGCCUCAUUCAGGCUACUCCAAAGCAUGCACUUAAGAGAGGUUAGGAGGAGAUGUUUUUAAUCUACAUUUUCUACUAGAGUCUUUUUUAUGGAUGAAAAAAAACUGGAAGCUGCUGAGAUGAGACAUCUGUGUUCUACAAUUCCCUGUUUGCUGCUCUCUUCCUCAUUAUCACAAAUAGCAGAGUUAGCUACGAUCUGAGAGCAUUUUUCCAAUUUAGUUUAUAUUCAUGUUAAGCCACAGCCACAUUUGGAGAAAAGCUGACAGCCCUAAGUUUUAUUUUUUUUGUAUUAAUCUCCAAGGAUCUAGGCAAGUUCCUAAAGAUAAAUCCAUUUCCCCCUCUCAGGAAGGGCUUGCCUUGAAUUACUCACCAAAUCCCAGAAAUAGCCCAUCGUGAUUGCUUCCUAGUGUCACCAGAUGCUGGUUUCUGCAGACCUUGCCGGGGACUGUCCAUCCUAGGCAUGACAUUUAGCACAAGAACCUUUUUGAGCCUAAGUCAGUUAUACUCAGUAAUGGCUGGUUGGAGAGAGCUGAGCUCCCGUUAAAUACCAGGUCUGGUUAAGGAAUAAUCCAGGAAGCAGAAAGACUUUGCAACUUCAAAGGAAGGGUUCACGUAAUUCAUUUCACAUUACCAUUAUGUGGUAUUACUAUGAGUAAAAAUGUUCUACAUGUCCCAAAAGUACCUGAGUCACCUGCAGGACCAAAAUGGAGGAGAGACCACAGCACUGCCUGUCCAGAUUGCCAGACAACUCUGCCCUGAAGCAGCAGGAGUUACCCGCCCACCGGCUAUAUUUCACAGCGAGAAGAGUCCUCUUUGUCUUCUUCACAACAGGAAUAUUCUGCCUUUGUAUGGGCAUCAUCCUUAUAUUGUCUGCAAGGAGCACUCAGGAAAUAGAGAUUAAUUACACAAGAAUAUGUGCAAAUUGUGCAAAACUGCGGGAAAAUGCCUCUAAUUUUGACAAAGAAUGCACCUGCUCUAUUCCCUUUUACCUUUCAGGAAAAAUGAUGGGUAACGUUUAUAUGUACUACAAAUUGUAUGGCUUCUAUCAGAACCUGUAUCGAUACGUUCGAUCCAGAAGUAAUAGACAACUGGUGGGCAAAGACAUAAAAGCUGUUGAGGACUGUGCCCCAUUUAAAAUGUCCGACAAUAAGACCCCUAUCGUUCCUUGUGGUGCUAUUGCCAACAGCAUGUUCAAUGACACCAUAAUUCUUUUACACAACAUUAAUUCAUCUGUACAAAUCAAAGUGCCAAUGCUAAAGAGUGGACUUACGUGGUGGACAGAUAAGUAUGUCAAAUUUCAGAAUCCAAGUUCCAAGAAUCUUGCUGAUGAAUUUAGAGGAACCACAAAGCCUCCAAACUGGCCCAAACCUAUCUAUGACUUGGAUAAAAAGGAUCCAAGAAACAAUGGCUUCCUCAAUGAUGACUUCAUUGUGUGGAUGCGGGCAGCUGCCUUUCCCACUUUCAAAAAACUGUAUGGUCGACUCAAUCGAACACACCAUUUUACAGAAGGCUUGCCUGCUGGUAAUUAUAGUUUCAACAUAACCUAUAACUUUCCAGUAACCAGGUUCCAUGGAGAAAAAUCAGUUGUUCUCUCCACCCUGACAUGGUGUGGGGGUAAUAGCCUUUUCUUAGGUCUUGCCUACACAGUGACAGGAGCUAUAACAUGGUUGGCCUCCUUUGCCAUGAUGGCAAUUCACAUCAUGCUGAAAAACAAGAAAAUGUCCUUCUUCCAUCAGUAAAGCCAAGCUUUCAAAAGAAAAGGAGGAAACAAAAAUGGACAGUGAAGUAACAGAACCAAAGAUGUCUGAAGGGCUUGAAAUGACUGGAAUGUUUCAACAAGGGGAACUAGAUUGACUGAACUAAAAUCAAUUUGAAAUAGAUAAUGAAGAGAAUUUUAGAGUUAAAAAGAAGAAGAAGGAAGAAGAGGGGAGGCAUAAUUAUAUGUAGUAAAAUG